AUGGAGUGGUUCGGUCCGUCUACCAGCGUCAACCUGCACGAGGUCGAUGCUUCUCUGGGGGUCUCCUAUACUCCAGCCCUUCUGAAAUGCAUUUUCCGUCAGCUUACAAAUCCACAGGUUUUUUUUAAAUUAUUUAAUUGUGACUCAUUAAAGUUCACCCUGCUAACUAGUUCUUUGCUUCAGAACUUGACUUGUAAAAAAAAUGCUGCAGUUGCUUUUUUGAUUGUGAACAAGUAUUUGAUGUUUUUAUUGGGAAACUCGGUUUUAAAUUCAAGAAGCUUUAACUCAUAAUCUUUAGUUUGUACGGAUAUGAUGUAUGUCACAUGACAAAGAGCAUUUUUGGUGUGUGAAAAAGCUUCAGAAUUGGUUUACAACAGCUCGAUGUGAUGAUAAAAAGCACUUGGACAUGGUUCAGAAAGGUCCCGAGACGCAAACCUUUUAAUUCAGGCCAGAGCUGCUGUUAGCGCAUCAAAACAUUCUGGCGAGCCUGUGUAAACCAUUUUAUUACGGUUUCCCCAAUCUCAAUUCAUUUCUGGUUACUUUUACUAAAAAAAAAUUUAGGCCGAAAAUCUAGUUCUGUUUACAUUUUCAUUGUAAAUCUUUAAACUUGAUCAAAAAAAUUUACAUAAAGAGGGGGUAAAUUACAUGAUAAUAAUCAAUCUAGGCUCAUGAAAAAAAUAAAUAAUCGUUUGCAGGAUCGGAAUUCUGUCGAACUGUCUUGCCAACGUUUCUGCACAGCCAGUCGCGCCACUCCGUGGAAGUCCGAUGGAGAACUCAAAAUAUUAUUCCCGGUACAUUUUUUUCAAUUUAAUUUUUUUAUAAUUUUUAAAAACUUCAGGUUGGCAGCUACGACGAAGUGGUUUAUGUAA